GCAAAUAAUCCUAUUCUAUUAGUGGAUUCCUUAUCGACAGCUUGUCUACUCACCUACGGAAACACUUAAUAAGAUGAUAAGACCAAUUAUAACGGCCAAAAGAAUUUUAUUUAACUUUGAGAUGCGCUUAGGAGGUGGCUGGUCUCCUAUUUCAUCUUCGUUUAGCAGUGGUUCAUGUUCAUCGUGAGAGUUCAUGGCUGUUCAGGUGAAACGAUGGUGACGUCUCAGAUAAGCUUCUACUGUGCAAAUAUUUUCAGAGAUGCUUAAAAUAUGUUAGUAGUAUUUGUCUACAGGGUUUUAUGUAUUCUUUACUUUUGUUCUAUCUCUUGUACUUCAGCCGUCGCUAUCAAAAUUUUCAUUGCGUACAUGACCAACUUCUAGGCUUGGGAGAUCUUGCACAUUCGCAAUAGUCUCGCAAUUUCUCUCUGGAAGAGAUAUGCAAUUCAAACUAAUUGUCACAGUCGCUAGCAUCACAGCGUUGGCAUCUGCCUCGUUUGUACCAUUGAAUGUCGCUAGGUCUCCUCAGUACGACUACAAUGCGGCACCGGCGCCUGCGAGCGUACGAGCUGGUUCUGGAUAUGACCAAUGUGUGCAGCAAUGUAACACAAAUUGGGACAAAGGCUCUGUUGAGAAUACCGACGGCUAUGGCAACGACAAUGGUAAGAAUAGCACCGCACCGAGUCAAACUACAAAGCACAUCAUCGUCGCACCUUCUCAGGGUGUUCUACGUUUCGUACCAUUUGCUAUGCAAGCUAACGUUGGCGAUAAAAUCCAGUUUACUUGGAUGGCUAACAACCACGGCGUCACCAAGUCAUCAAUGACGGGCAUAUGUAAUGCUACAAUGGACAAGCCUUUCAAAUCACCUGUACAGAAUUCGUCUGCUACAUUUGAAACGACGGUAGAUACGACAGAUCCCAUGUUUUACUAUUGUCCAGUUGGUAAUCAUUGUACAUCUGGUAUGUACGGUAUUAUCAAUCCACCAAUGGCUCCAACCAAUUUGUCAAACGUUGGCGAUGCUAUGGGUAAAUGGGAGAAGGAUUCCAAGAAUACCAUUAUCAUGAAGAAUGCUGAUGAUAUCAUGAAGAACGCCAACAUGACAUCUGAGCAACUCAACUGGGGUAACGGCUGGAUGGAUAUGUCAAAGAAUGAAGACGAUUUGACUGCUAUGAUAGAGAAUAUCAUCAUCACCCGUCUCACUAUCGCUCUGAACCCGGGAUGGACGCCAGGCGCACCAGUUGAUAUGAAGACAUUCAAAGCACCUCCUACUAUUAAUAACCUUGCAGCAACAAGCUAUGGUGAUUCGCCCACUACGUCAAACGCAGCCCCUGAAGCUACGGACGAAGCAGGCUCCAACAGCUCUGGCUGCAAUAAAUUCGGUAUUCAAAUAUUUACCUUCCUUUUUAGUUUAAUCGCGGCUAGCGCAGUGUAUUAAAUUGUUUUAAUAAAUAUCUUUACCGAAUCGAGAACGUCCGUCGUA